AUGGGCCUUGCGGGGGCCGCUCGGCCGAUCCUAGAGACGCCGCUGACGCUGGAAAUGUUGGAAGCAGACCUCCGAGCGGCACUAGAAACCGAUGCCACAUUUGGCCCUGCGAUUGCCAUCAAACAAAUCGGGAAGGGCGCGGGCUUCAUCUCAAAGAUGGCCAAAGUCGAGUUCGACUGGCAGGGCAAUCCAGAAGAGACGCAGCGACUUCCGAAGGCUGCCGUCGUCAAGAUUGUGGGCGAAGCCGCGAAAGCUAAUUUAUCCGACACCGAGCUCCAAUUCUUCAGCGCCGACAGAGAGGCUUUCGGCAUCGCUCCAGAUCUACGCAUCCCAAAAUUCUAUUGUGGUCGGAAAUAUGGACAGGAUAGGCUUGAGUUGGGGUACUUGGCCGAAGAGUUCAGCGCGGGUCAGAUGAGGCAUAUCUACGAGCAGGUGGAGGAGACGGGUGUACUUGACGUUCUUGACGAAAUGGCAAAACUGGCUGCAUACUCCAGAAACCACCCGGAAACACUCGAUAAAUGGACAAACACGGGCAUCGAAACCCUUUUAAGAGGAGGCCGAACAUUAGAGUCAAUCAAUCUACGGCUCGAAAACAUGAAAAACAUCUACCCCGAGCUGGCCCCCGACUGUGAUCGGAUGCUCAACAAGACUCCCCGAAUUUUUGGGGAUUUUGAGGAUUUUUUGAAAUUUCGAUUGUCGACGAGCGCCUACUGCGUGUUGUGCCACGGCGAUCUUUGGACACCGAAUAUCCUCUGGAAUACGACCGACGGCGGCUUCCGGCUGGCCGUCAUUUUGGAUUGGCAGCUGGCAAAUACGGGCUCCCCGACCGAGGAUCUGGUGUAUUUUCUUCAUAGCGCCCUCUCCGCCACGGAAUACCCAGAGAAAAUUAAAUACUACCUAAGCCACUACUAUAAUAAAUUGGCCGGCGCGAUCAAGGGCCCGAUGCCUUGGCACGAUUUUGAUCAGUUUGUAAAAGCUUAUGAGAUGUCUUACGUACUGUCCGUGUCGGUAUUAGUACCAUGGUAUGCGCAGGAAAAAGAGGAACUGCUCGGAGACAAUCGAGUUGCGCUUUUCUUAUUUGCCGUGGCGGUUACGGUAUCUGCCCGGAACGCCGUGCAACCGGUCAGGAUGACCACACCGGAAGGGACGCUCAUUGGAGGCCGUCGAAACACCCUACGCCCCCGUGGAUCCCGGCAACCAGAAAUCUAUGCUCAUCCGAUUGAGGGAUACCGGCUGACGACCCCGCACGAUGCUGAGAUUGGCCAGGAUUGCGACAACUACCGUCAUGAGACCAUCGGGGCAGCAGAAGAAGGAGAAAACGUCCGAGACCAUACCCUCCCCACACCAAUCCCUGAGAAGCCUGAAAAUCUCCAUCAUGGACCCACCCAUCCACCAAAAGGAAUCGUCCAAGAUUUAGCAGACAUCUCCGGCGAGCCCGCCGAGCGAUGGACGCACGUUUGCAAGUGGUGCGUGUCUAGUUCACCAGAAAAAGCCAAAUCCUGCUGUGCCGCCAAUGAGCGCCUCCUCUUCUGCGCCAUGUUCAUGGCCGUCUGCGAGCACAUC